AUCAUUCAAACAGACAUGCCAGGCCCAGAGAACUGACAGUCCCGUCCACUGGCUCCUGGCCUAGAGGCUCUUCCAGGACCUCAGGGCUCCACCUCACUCUUGCCACCUGAGCUGUGUCCCCAUCCCUCAAACAGCCUCUGGGUCACCCUCCGGGACCUACUGGGUGAUCUGCUGCUUUACUGCUGGAGAAACUGAGGCGAGGAGAGACUUGGCCAGAAUCCCCUCGACCUGGCGACUCACAUCUAGUCCAACCCCAGAGCCAGCGUCCUUUGCCCAGGCAAGUGGCUGCCUCUUGCUAGGUUCCGCUCGCCCACUGGGUAGCACAGUUAGGCUUAGGCAUCCAGCCCAAGGCAGACAGACAGGGCUCAGAACCUCAGUCCUGCCAUGGAGGACGGGCAGCAGAAAGAGAAGGUGAAGCCGCUGGGCUUCCUCAAGCCCUCCUCCCUGACGAAGGUCGCCAGCCGCUUCAAGGCACACCAGGAGUCUCUGCCACGGCUGCCCGUGCCCCCGCUCCAGCAGACCCUGGACCAUUACCUGAAGACCCUGCAGCCCAUCGUGAGCGAGGAGGAAUGGGCCCACACCAAGAAGCUGGUGGAAGAGUUUCAGGCUGCAGGGGGUGUGGGAGAGCGCCUGCAGAAGGGGCUGGAGCGCAGGGCCAAGAAGAUGGAGAACUGGCUGUCCGAGUGGUGGCUCAAGACAGCCUACCUCCAGUUCCGCCAGCCCCUGGUCAUCUACUCCAGCCCCGGCCUCGUGCUGCCCAGGCAGGACUUUGUGGAUCUGCAGGGACAACUCCGGUUUGCUGCCAAAUUCAUCGAGGGUGUGCUGGAUUUCAAGGCCAUGGUUGACAACGAGACCCUUCCCGUGGAGUACCUGGGCGGGAAGCCGCUGUGCAUGAACCAGUACUAUCAGAUCCUGUCCUCCUGCCGCGUGCCAGGCCCCAAGCAGGACUCGGUCAUCAACUUCAGCAAGACCAAGAAGCCGCCCAUGCACAUCACAGUGGUGCACAACUACCAGUUCUUUGAGCUGGACGUGUACCACAGUGACGGGACGCCCCUCACCUCGGACCAGCUCUUCGUGCAGCUGGAGAAGAUCUGGAACUCGUCACUGCAGACCAACAAAGAGCCCGUGGGCAUCCUCACCUCCAACCACCGCAACUCCUGGGCCAAGGCCUACAACACCCUCAUCAAAGACAAGGUGAACCGGGAGUCGGUGCGCUCCAUCCAGAAGAGCAUCUUCACCGUGUGCCUGGACGCAGUCAUACCUCGGGUCUCAGAAGACAUGUACCGCAGCCAGGUGGCCGGCCAGAUGCUGCACGGGGGCGGCAGCAAGCUCAACAGCGGCAACCGCUGGUUCGACAAGACGCUGCAGUUCAUCGUGGCAGAAGAUGGCUCCUGUGGGCUCGUUUACGAGCACGCAGCAGCAGAGGGGCCGCCCAUCAUCUCCCUCGUGGACCACGUCAUCGAGUACACGAAGAAGGCUGAGGUCGUGCGGUCUCCCAUGGUACCCCUGCCCAUGCCCAAGAAGCUGCGGUUCAACAUCACCCCCGAAAUCAAGAACGACAUUGAGAAGGCCAAGCAGAAUCUUAGCAUCAUGAUCCAGGACCUGGACAUGAUUGUGACCGUGUUCCACCACUUCGGGAAGGACUUCCCCAAGUCAGAGAAGCUGAGCCCUGACGCCUUCAUCCAGAUGGCGCUGCAGCUGGCCUACUACAGGGUCUACGGGCAGGCAUGUGCCACGUACGAAAGCGCCUCCCUGCGCAUGUUUCACCUGGGCCGUACUGACACCAUCCGCUCAGCGUCCACGGAAUCACUGACCUUUGUCAAAGCCAUGGAUGACUCCAAUGUGACGGAGCAUCAGAAGGUGGAGCUGCUGCGGAAGGCCGUGGACGCCCACCGCGCCUACACCAACCGGGCCAUCCGCGGGGAGGCCUUGGACCGGCACCUGCUGGGCCUGAAGCUGCAGGCCAUCGAGGACCUGGUGAGCAUGCCUGACAUCUUCAUGGACACCUCCUACGCCAUCGCCAUGCACUUCAACCUCUCCACUAGCCAGGUCCCCUCCAAGACAGACUGUGUCAUGUUCUUUGGGCCUGUGGUCCCAGACGGCUAUGGCGUAUGCUAUAACCCCAUGGAGUCGCACAUCAACUUCUCGGUGUCGGCCUACAACAGCUGUGCCGAGACCAACGCUGCCCGCAUGGCGCACUACCUGGAGAAGGCGCUCCUGGACAUGCGCGAGCUGCUGCAGAGCCACCCCCGGGCCAAGCUCUGAGCCGUGCCCCCCCUGCCCCUGCCACAGCCAAACCACUUCAGAUGGGCCCCCCACCAGGGCUCCCCUUUGUCCCUCUCCCCCUGGGCCCCGCAGAUCUGACCAAGCCAGGGUGGACUCCCCCAGGGCCCGCAGGCCCACGCCCAGUGCCUUCCACGGGCCAUCCCCAGCUUCAUGGGCUGUGCUCAGAGGCUGAGCAGGACGGAGGCCCAGGCACCCCAUGUAUCGCCCAGAGCAGCCUUCCUCUGGGAAAGGAACCGGUCAACUCCAUCCCCACCAGUGAGCCUGGGAAGUCCUCUGACAGCUCAGCUCCGGCCAGUCCCUGCCAUCUGGGCUGAUCCGUACUCCAAUUCUCAAAGGCCUGAAGACAGGACUAUCUGGAGUGGGGGACUCCAGGCCUCCCCAUGGCUGAGGCCAGGGUGCGAGGCGGACUGGGGCCGGGGCAUCUCCCACAGGACUGCCGUACUCUUUUGGAGAAUAUGGCUGAACAAUGUUCCUGGUUGUAUAAUAGUAUCACGCGAGGUAAUUAAUAAAGGGAAAAUGUCUUGGUGAA